CCGGAACGCAGUAUUUGCCGCCUAUAAAAUACCCUUCUCCUUCCGCAUAUUCACCGCGUCAUCCCUUUUCUCUCCCUCUCUUCCUUUCUCUCUCUAGAAAUUGUCUUCUCUUUCUCUCUCUCUCUCUCUCUCUAAAGACAGAUCCAAGAAAUGAAGUGCGCUAGACUCGCAUUCAAUCUUUCCCUCUCUCCUGAUCUCCUUUCUCUGAGAAAAUAAACCCUAGAAUUCAUUCCACCUCCUCCAUUAUCUUCUUCGAAGAAAUUACCCGCCAUUCUUUUCUUCCCAAUGGAGUGGAGUUCUGGGGUUUCAAGCCCUUGAAAUCAGAGUCUCUGAUCCCCAUUCCGUAAUUCUCAUCGAAUUAAUCAUCUAUUUGAAGCUCUGCAAAUUCCUUUAGUAUUUGAAUCCGAAUUGAAGCUCUGGAUCAUUGGGAAUUCAGUUCCUGCAAGUUUUUAUAUUCGUGUUUCAGUAGGAUUGGGGCUGGAUCUGAGGCCUUCUGUAUUGGUUGGGGUUUUUCUGGGCGGAAAAUGAUGGGUAAUUUGGUUCGUUUGUGCAAGAUCUGGGGUUGAUUCCGUCUAUGAACUCUUGACUGGAUUAUUUCUACUGAUUUUCAUUGCCAUUUUAUAGUUGGCUCUGUGGUGAUGCUUUUUUCGCAUGAACUCCUCUCCUUGGUUAAGUUUGUGCUUGAGCGCUUUACAUAGUGCCCUGUGAGUGGUGUAUGAACUCACAAUUAACAAUGAAAAACGGGAUGGUAGAGUGCAGUGUCUGCCAUUCCAAACUUGGGUUGUCACCGACUACAAGGACAGUUUCUAGGGCAUAUGAUCGUCAUAGGAGCAAGAUAUCCUCAAAAACUCGAGCUCUUAAUGUCUUGUUGGUUGUGGGGGAUUGUAUGUUAGUUGGUCUCCAGCCUAUUUUGGUCUUUAUGUCAAAGGUGGAUGGGAAAUUCAUGUUUAGUCCUGUCAGUGUCAACUUUUUGACAGAAGCUGCUAAAGUUGUUUUUGCUAUUAUCAUGCUCUUGUUCCAGGCUCGGCAUCAAAAGGUGGGAGAAAAACCUCUUCUUUCAAUAUCUACUUUUGUACAGGCAGCUCGUAACAAUGUCCUUCUUGCUGUGCCAGCUCUUCUAUAUGCUAUAAACAACUAUCUAAAGUUUAUAAUGCAGCUAUAUUUUAAUCCAGCGACCGUAAAGAUGCUGAGCAACCUAAAGGUACUGGUUAUUGCUCUUCUAUUGAAAAUCAUUAUGAGGAGAAGAUUCUCAGUAAUUCAGUGGGAGGCUCUUGCUCUUUUGCUCAUUGGAAUUUCAGUUAACCAGCUGAAGUCACUGCCUGAAGGUACCACUCCUUUGGGUCUCCCUGUUGCAACUGGUGCAUACAUGUACACUGUUAUCUUUGUGACUAUUCCAUCCAUGGCGUCAGUUUUUAAUGAGUAUGCUUUGAAGAGUCAGUUUGAGACAAGUAUUUACCUUCAGAACUUAUUUUUGUAUGGCUAUGGCGCAAUAUUCAACUUCAUUGCCAUUCUUGGGAUUGCUAUAUUCAAAGGGCCAAGCCACUUCAAUAUUCUUCAAGGGCAUUCAAAGGCUACAAUGUUUUUGAUUUGUAACAAUGCAGCUCAGGGAAUUCUUUCCUCGUUCUUUUUCAAAUAUGCAGACACAAUUUUGAAGAAGUACUCUUCUACUGUUGCAACGAUCUUCACUGGCAUAGCCUCUGCAGCAUUGUUUGGUCAUACUUUGACGAUAAACUUUGUCUUGGGAAUCUCAAUUGUCUUUAUCUCCAUGCAUCAGUUCUUCUCACCACUUUCAAAAGUUAGAGAUGAACCACAAAAUGGAGCAAUGGAAAUGGAGGUUCAGAAUAAUCACAGGUCAAAGGAUACAUCUUUCAUAAACAUGACUGCUGGGGCCACUGAAGAUGCGAGCCAUCGCGUUGGUUCUGAUGAAAGAGAACCCCUUCUUCCUACCUGAGCGUUGGGUUGAGGUCGUCUUGUAGUUCAAGGAAAAAGUAUCCAAUCGGAAUAUAAUUCUUUUGGCUGAAGGAGAUUGUGGGGUUGUUGAUAUAUCAGCCAGUCCAAAUCCUCUUGAGUGAGUGAGUGCUAAAAGAAUGAGUAAUUUGUUGUAAAAUUUUUGUUGUUCCCCUGCAUCGUGGCAAAAUAUUACAGUCCUCUUUCUCAGUACUGUCUGUCCAUUUGUAAGACAGUGAAGGUGGGACUAGUUUUUUUUUUUUUCCUUUUUUGCCCCCUUUUCUCUCCCCACCCCUUGCAAAGGGGGAGCACAUAGAUCAAAUUGGUGCAUCAUCCCUUCCCUGAAAGGAAUUCCUUUGUGCACAAUGGAUAGAUAUAUCGCUCUUUUGUAAUACUCUUAAUGAUUAGAUAAUGAAACGUUUGAUUGAAUUUUUCUC